AUGAAUCACACCCCAGACCUCCCACAAAUGUUCACCCCACGCACUGGAUUUCUGAAACCUUCAGAUAUAGAGACUCAUCUGAAAAGUUCCAUCGCUAAAGCAGAACACUACAAUAUCCUACGAUACGAGGAUGUGAACGAGGAAUGGGCCGCCAAAAUCAUUGAUUCGCUUGACAAGAUGAGAUUCAACUCCUCAUAUAGGCUCUCAUAUUCCUCCGUGUCGUUGGUGCUCCGCCUCAUCGUAAUGCCGACCCCGGCCCACGAUUGUUCCGCAAAGUGGUGGCGUUUAUGCGAAUUGGAUAUGGUUGCGACCGGGGUGCUCACCCCAUUUGAGCAAGCUCAAUUUGAAUCGAAUGUUGGAACCACCAUGAAGUUCACCACAGGCCCAUAUCUGGGCUCAGUAAAACAACCAGACUUUUUCAUUCGAACGGACGAUGAAGUUCUCCCAUCUCUGGUCAUCGAAGUGGGAUGGUCCGAGUCAUAUGAUGAUCUUCUAAGUGACCUCAACCUGUUGAUGAUUGGCGGAGAUGGAAUGAUUCGAACGACGAUUAUCAUCAAACUCUCGAAGUCAACAAAGCGUGGAGUGACGACCGUGAACGGCUUUAUCGAACUAUAUACCCUCAACCGACGGGGAAUCCCUGUUAUCAAACAAGAAGAAGUAUAUUUAUGUACUUUACCCACCAACCGGGCAGUGCAGUCUUUGCGGCUCACGCGCAAAGAGGUCUUUGGACCAUUUUUGGUCAAUGACCCAGGCCGAGUUCUUCCAGUCACCGACCGUGUGGAAAUGAGUAUUGAACAUCUCAGAACUGCCUGCACCCGAGGCCUUCAACGAAUGAAUCUCACUCCAAGUGAGUGA